ACAUCCCUUCUCUCCUCCACUUGUCCUACAUCUUCAAACGAAAUAAAUUUGUGAUAAAAAUUCAGCACGAUUUUCUGAUUCUGAUCAAAUCGAUUCGAAAUUAGCAAUGUCAAAAUUAUAAAUUCAACCCGGCGCAGUAGUUAAUUUCUGUUCAGAAACAGGUAAAAUGUAACUAUAUUUCAUCUUUCCAAUUCAAUCAAUUCAAAGCACCAUUUCGUUGAGCCAAGUUUCUGUAUAGUUCCACUUCAUUUACAAUGUUACGAUGGACAAGUCUUCGUCGAGCUAUAAAAAUCACCAAGUACCCCCAUAGCGUUGCGAGUUCUACAGCUCCUGGUGCUGAAAUCAAGCCUUCCGAGCAACCUAUAAAAACUGAAGAAUCGGAAAAGGAUCGUUCUACUAUGGUCGCUGCUGCAUUUGCUUCUCUUCGAGAGUUAUCAGUUACAACCAAGCGUCAUGCUUCUCCGGCCGAAGUCAAAAUUACGGAAGCAGCAGAUCUUGACGCUUUGCUUACAAUCGCCGAUAAUCGUCUUUCUAAAAAAGUCGCACUAAAGAUCGUUUCGAAGUUAGCCGAUUGGGCUAGUAUGGGUAAAGUAAAGAUGGCCGAUUUCGAAGGCGAUGUGAGAUACGCAAGAGUAUGCAGAGCACUUGGGCAAAAUGCUGGUAAUCAAGAUUUGAGUGAUUUAUCAGUCGUUCUUGGUAUUGCUGCUGAGGAACAGGCUGCCAAACUCAUCACGUCGAUUAGUCUACCUCAAAUGAUCAAAGUAAUGAAUUCGUUAGGCGUCAAGGGCAGAAGAUCUACUCCUUUAUUGAGAGCAUUAUCGUUCAAUAUUGGUAGAGCAACGGAAACCUUAAAUUUGAAACAAGCUAGCGACGUAUUUUUUGCUUGCGCCACGUUGAAUUUUCCUGACGAAGUUUUACUAGCCAAAGUUACCGCAGAUAUAGCUGUUGAACUGAACAAAAAUAAAACACCUGCAUUGGUCAGUUCAAUAGCUACGAGUGUCGGGAGAUUGAAGUAUAGAGACGCAGAAUUGCUAGAAAGUCUGUGUGACUGGUUGGUGGAACAUUCAACUGUUUGUCGAAUGAAAGACUAUAUUUCUUAUUUAUUAGCUUUAGGCAGUUUACAUUAUGUUCCAGAGAAAUUUUCACGUUUUCAUCAGCUAAUGAAACCAUCCUUGAAAGAAUUCGAAAUGGCCAGCCAGCUGGAAUGGUUGGAUGUAGUGUGGUCUUUGGUGGUAUUGGAGAAAUACGAUGAAACAUUGCUGUCAUCAGUCCUAAAUCCGAAAUUCAUUUCUCAAUUGGCUUAUUCGAAUGAAGAUUAUCACGUUGCUACUAAAAUCAAGUUACUAAACAUCAACGGAGCUGCUCAGCAACUUGGAAGUAGCUACGAAGGUCCAUUAUUACCCAAAACGUCAACAAUUUACAAUGCUGCGUUAAUGCGAACGAAAGAGAAGCAGGCAUUCGUCAACUGUAUAAAAGAUUCAUUUUCAAAUCUCGUAGAUGUUUCCGAGCAUUUUAAAACCGAUGUAAAUACUGAAAUGGGAUUUCUUAUAGAUUUCGAAGGUCGAUUGGACUCCAACUCUCAGUUGAUCAAAGUAUCAAAAUGGUCUGAAGAAGCAGGCCAAAAAGUUGCUGUAAUGGGUCGUGAUUACCGUGACGUCUGCCGCGGAAGUAUAGAAGAUCCGCACGGAAAAACUGCUUUAUAUCAUCGAUUAUUAGAGAAUUCCGAUUAUAAAGUGAUGAUUAUUCCUUUUUAUGAUUUCAACCCUCGAGAUAAACUCUUUUCUAGAGUUCAGUAUUUAGAGAACAAGCUGAAGAAUUGUAUUGCUAGGAGUUGAAUUGUGUAACGAUGUAGAUUUUAUUAAUUUUAAUCUGUUUUUAUGUAAGAAAACAAUUACGAUUUUAUCAAGAUCAUUAAAUCGUUCGACAAUGUUAA